UCCAAUGACAUUUCUUGUUGAUUUCACGUCGAAUUAGAUUGACAGCUCAACCAAAUGUAAAUCAAAACUAGACGUUUGUGGCCAGUGGGGUGGGAGCCAGCACAGCGAGCAGCGCAGGCACCGUCGGUCCGUCCAUCCUUCCAGCAGCCAGUCCCUCUUCUGCAGAGCGCACUCACUCACUCACACGCACGUACUCACGCACACAAACACGUUGUAGUCAGUCCUACCGUGUGCGUUGCGUGCAGGGCAGCUCGGCUCGCUGCUCGCAGCUGGGAUAGGACGAGAAAGAAGACCACGGGAGAAGGAGAAGACAAGGGGUGUGUGGAAAAGGGACUUACGUUCGACUGGAAGAUGUUGGACUGGGAUAUUUGUACCGCGGCGGACCAAGGAACACGUUACACAAUGAGCCCUAUUGGAUUACAGUGAUUGUGCUGCUCUUUCUCAGCGGUGUGUGUGGAGUUAACAACAGGAUUAAUAUUCUAUACCUCGGGAAGGAAGGAAGGAAAGAAGGAAUAAACGCUUGUCUUCAUUUGGUUUGAGUUCCAGCGGACGCGGGGGGGAACCGGCUGGGCUGUUGUAAUGUCACCUCAUCACCCCGCUGUUCUGAAGCUCUAUGAAAGGGAGAGGCUGAGAUGAAGUGUCUCAACAUGUCAGUGGGCAGGGGGCUGACCCUGGCCUUCCCAGCUCUCCUGUGUUCCCUGGUGACCCUGGUGACCCUGGUCAUGGAGGUCGAAAGUCAGAAGGUCCCCAUCCUCAACAUCGCUGUGAUCCUGGGCCGCACGCGCUACAUCUCCGACCGGGACAUUCGGGCUCUCUGGAGCAAAGACGACCCCAUGGACGUCAACGUGGUCACCGUAUUGGUCAACGAGACUGACCCCAAGAGUAUCAUCACCCACGUGUGCGACCUGAUGUCUGGGACCAAGAUCCACGGGGUGGUGUUCGGAGACGGGACAGACCAGGAGGCCAUCGCUCAGAUAUUGGAUUUUAUUUCCUCCCAGACACUGAUCCCCAUCCUGGGCAUCCACGGGGAUCCUCCAUGA